CCUAGCAUGGCGAGCUCAGCAUGCCCUGGGCUAGCAUGGGUUUCCCCGGGUCCCUGCCGGAGCCACUGCCCAGGGGCACAUUGCGGAGGUUCAUGCUGAUGCUCUUCUCCCUGCUCAUGUCCCUUUAUGUCUUCUACUGUCUGGCGGAGCGCUGCCAGCCCCUGCCUGCACCCAUCACUGGGGCUGCUGGGCACGGGGACUGGGUACUGGACUCCUGGCAAACUGUGAGCAGGAACAACCCACAAAGGGUUAAGGUGGUCCAAGGGUCACUCCUCAGCCGCCUUUUCCCCAGUUUUGGGGUGGCAUACUCUGUGCAGGAUGGGGUGCUAACCAGUAGCAGCAAUGUCAACCUGGAGGGAGGCAGCACCCUCACCCCACUGGGGGAGGGCAGCAAGAAGCUCCCCCAAGCUAUCAUAAUUGGGGUGAAGAAAGGAGGCACCCGGGCUCUGCUGGAGUUCCUGAGGGUGCACCCCGACAUAAGGGCGGUGGGAGCUGAACCCCACUUCUUUGAUCGGAACUACGACAAGGGACUGGAGUGGUACAGAGAGUUAAUGCCGAGGACUCUGGACGGUCAAGUCACGAUGGAGAAGACUCCCAGCUAUUUUGUCACCAAGGAGGCUCCGGCCAGAAUCUCCGCCAUGUCCAAGGACGCCAAGUUGAUCGUGGUGGUGAGAGAUCCAGUGACCAGAGUUAUAUCUGACUACACCCAGACGUUGUCUAAACGGCCAGACAUCCCUACGUUCGAGGCUUUAACUUUCAAAAACAGGACUACGGGUCUCAUCGACACAACGUGGAGCGCCAUCCAGAUAGGGAUUUACGCCAAGCACUUGGAGAACUGGCUACUCGACUUCCCUAUCGGUCAGAUGCUGUUUGUAAGUGGGGAGAGACUCAUUACGGACCCGGCCGGGGAACUUGGGCGCGUCCAGGACUUUCUAGGACUCAAGAGGAUUAUUACCGACAAACAUUUUUAUUUCAACAAGACAAAGGGCUUCCCGUGUUUAAAAAAGGCAGAGGGGAGCAGCAAGCCCCACUGUCUGGGCAAAACGAAGGGUAGGACUCACCCCAACAUCAACCCCGAAGUGGUCAAAAGAUUACGAGAAUUCUACAGACCCUUCAAUAUGAAGUUCUACCAGAUGACCGGACAUGAUUUUGGCUGGGAUUAUUAGGAGAAUAAAUAUAAUAUAUGCCUAUAUAUUUUUCUUUACAUACACAGAUUUGGGGAGGGGGCAUUUAGCACCUUCUGGAAAAUAUUGUCUUCCCAAGUACAGAUGUAUUUCAACAAUAUCACAAUCAUCUUAUUUUUUUUCUUGUUAUAUAAUUGGUUAUUUUAUUUGUUUCCAAAACCAAGUGGGAAUGGGAAAUGCUAAUUGAUGUUUGUAUGCCUUAAAUCUAAAAUUAUUGCAGCAAAUAAAAUUUGGUAUAUUUUAUCAGUA